AUGACGCGUGAAUAUCGACGCACCCGCCGUGACUCCUGCUGCUGCUGGUGGUGGCAGUCGCUGUGUGUUCCCGGUGCACUGCUCUUCCUUCUCUUUCCGUGUGUCUGUGUGCGUGAGUUGUUGUUGUGGGGAGUGACUGCGGCGGGGAUGAUGGUGCCACUCACCGUGGAUGGCGGUGCGUAUUGUUGUACCUUUUUUGUUGGCAUUGUUUCUCUUUAUUUCUUUCACUCUAUUACUCAUGAAGAAAGCAAACAAGCGCUAAUCGCUACUGUGAAAUUCGAAGGCACCAAAAGGACCAACAGCACACACACCGCCCACACACAUAUUUAUAUGCUCUCACGUGUUGCUGCAGUGAAGGCACCCCGCACACACAACCGUCGCUGCGUGACCGGAUCCAUCGGGAGGAAGAGGGAAGGAAGAGAGAGUGGGCCGCAGAGCCCCAACAUGUUCCGGCGUUUGUUUACUUCCGCGGUGCUGCUCCUCCUCGUCGUGAUGAUGUGCUGCGGCAGUGGAGCUGCACACGCGGAGGAGGAUCAAUUAUCUGAUCCAAAUUUUGAAUGGAAGGGCAUCACUAAUGACAAGGAAACUGUGGAAUCGUUGGGUGUUCCCGGCCUAUUGAAAGUGGGGAGUGAUGUGUUUGCCGUUGCCGAGGCGCAGUGCAAGGAUGAGCAAGGCAAUGCCUUUACUGGGGUUGCGUCCCAACUUCUCACGAACACAGCGGAUAAAGAAAAGGAGGAGGUGCUGAAGGAAGCCAAAAAGGAUACUCAAGUUCUGGAGAAAGGUGGUUCGGAAGGGAAGAAGAGAGUAGAUGUGAGCCGACCAACAACAGUUGUGAAAGGAAGUGAUAUUUACAUGCUGGUUGGAAAACACGGCGGUGAAGGUGAGGCUGCUUGUCAGGGUGCAUCUGACGCGGCUCCUUGGGGACUCUUGCUUCUGAAAGGAAACGUCAGUGAUGGGGAAAGUGUAAAAAGAAUUCUUUGGAAAAAUACCUACGGUCUUCCGUGCAUUUUUACUGUCGAACAUCACGAAUCCUUGACACGGCUGAUUGGCGGCGGUGGAUCGGGUUUUACGUUAGAGGACGAUACGCUUUUGUUCCCCGUGGAAGCUGCGAAGAAGAAUGAAAAGACCGUUUCGCUGGUCCUAUGCUUGCAGGGUACUGAGAGCUGGACACUGUCGAAGGAGGUGCCUGACGAUGGCUGCAGUGAUCCCUCCGUCGUGGAGUGGAAGGGAAAACUCAUGAUGAUGACUGCGUGUGAUGAUGGCCGCCGCAGGGUGUACGAGUCCGGUGACAAGGGGGAUUCGUGGACGGAGGCACUCGGGACACUCUCGCGCGUGUGGGGCAACAAACACAAGGGAACUGAGAAGGGCGUUAGGAGCGGGUUCAUCACAGCGACUCUUGACGGUGUUGAAAAUGAUAAGAGGAAUGUGAUGCUCGUUACUCUGCCGGUGUAUUCCGAGAAUGGAGAAAAAGAAAAAGGUGUACUCCAUCUUUGGGUGACGGACAAUACGCACAUUUUUGAUAUCGGGCCGGUAUCCGAGGAAGAUGACGUUGCCGCCAGCUCCCUGCUGUAUAAAAGUGGAGAUAAUAAUGAGAAGGAGUUGAUUGCACUGUACGAGAAGAAGAAGGGCGGUGUGGAAUCAUCACUCGGUAUGGUCUCUGUGCGUCUGACUGCGCAGCUGCAGCGGGUGAAGGAGGUGCUGGCGACCUGGAAGAAAGUGGACGAACGCGUCUCCAAGCUGUGCCCCACUGAAAGUGCUCUGAAGGAUACCUCAACUGUCAAUGCCUGCAGCACUGCCAUUCCAACGGAUGGGCUGGUUGGCUUUUUGUCCGGCAAAUUCUCUGAUAACACAUGGAAGGACGAGUACCUCGGGAUGAACGCCACGGUUACUGGCGCUGCAACAGAGGCAAAAUUGCAUGCCAGCGGCGUGACGUUCACAGGACGUGGUGCGUGGGCGGAGUGGCCCGUUGGCAAGCAAGGGGAGAAUCAGCUGUACCACUUUGCGAACUACAACUUCACUCUUGUGGCGACGGUGUCCAUCGACGGUGUGCCGAAGGAGGGUUCUCCUAUUCCAUUGAUGGGUGCGAAGAUGGAUGACAGUGAGAAAACAGUACUCCUGGGAAUGUCGUACAAAAAAGAAGGGAAUUGGGCAGUGCUUUGCAGUGGCCAAACAUCAGAGAAGCUCGGCAGCACUUGGGAGACAAGGACAACUUACCAAGUGGCCAUUGUGCUACGGAACAGCAGCCAGGGCUCCGCGUACGUCGAUGGUAAAAGUGUCGGAGAUGAGUCAUGUGUAUUGAAAAUUGCGGAUUCGAAGGAGAUCUCACACUUCUACAUUGGAGGGGACGGAAGCGGCGCAGGGAGCCAAGACGACGUGUCUGUGACUGUGAGGAACGUCCUGCUGUACAACCGCCCGUUGAGUUCCGCAGAGAUUGGGUCCAUCAAACCGAAUAAAGCCCCCACUCCACCUUUGGAAAAGGUGCCGACUAAACCGUUAACAGUUUCUUCUGCUUCCGUUGUAUCUCCCAUCCCUUCGGUGGCCGCAACUGCUCAGAUAGCCGGAACUUCGUCCACUCCCGCCGGAACACAUCUGACGGAAGAGGGGCAGCCGAUGGGGAGCAGUGGUGGUGGCGGUGGCGGUGCAUCCGCAUCAGCGGUGUCCAUUGUCAGCACUCCAUCAGCAGGAAAGGACUCCGUAAUGCAGGUGGCGUCAGGAAAAUCUUCCGAUGGAGCUCAAACCGUGGAUGGCGGUUCAACUGCUGAUGGCGAGCCAACGAUGGAGAAAAGAGAAGGAACGGAUGCGCAGGAGGAAGAGGUACAGCCACUGAACAGGGAAGUAAAUGCUACGGAGCUCAACAGCAGACUCGGAAAAUUGUCGCAGGGGAAUAACAGCGAUGCCGGCACUGUGCGUGGGAGCGGACUUCUGCCAUUGCUGUUGCUUCUGUUGGGACUGUGGGGGUUUGCGGCUCUGUGA